AAAAUAUCGCUGUGUGUAUUCAUGUGGUACUGAACGCUCUGUGGAAUUCUACACGACCUGCCCGAGAUUGACUUGGAGGAACAAACCAUUUGCUCACGGGCGGGGGGGAUGACAUAGCACUAUAGAAGCAGGUGUACUUUAAAACAUGAGAUUUUUCUUCUUCCGAAAGCAUAUAAUCGUACAAGUUAGCAUAUAUCAAUUUCAAUCGCAUUAGUGACUACAAAAUCAUUCCGAAACAGUUACAGACAAACCACGUCGACGCACCCCUCCCCCCGGAACAUCGCGCUAGAGGAACACUCCACCCCAGUCUGCGCUGUACGUGCAGAUUUCGUUAGCGCGAAGCUGUAUGUGAUUGUACGCCGUAGCAAGUGUUUUAUUUUUUAUUUUUUUCCUCCCACUCGCCGCGUUAUACGUUUUGGUUCAAAACUUCAGCAUGUCGGUGGCUUUCGCGCCUCACAGACAACGCGGGAAGGGUGAUAUUACACCCGCGGGGAUACAGAAGUUACUGGAUGAAAACAAUCAGCUGAUUCAGUGCAUCAUGGACUUCCAGAGCAAAGGGAAAACAGCAGAAUGUUCACACUACCAGCAGAUGCUUCACAGAAAUUUGGUCUACUUGGCCACAAUAGCAGACUCCAAUCAGAACAUGCAGUCUCUCCUCCCGGCCCCCCCCACACAGAACAUGGGCAUGUCAGGAGGCAUGAAUCAGAGCGGUGCGCCUCCACAGCCCCCCCACGGCCACAGCAUGCCCUCUGACGGCCCGCCUUCUGGCCCACACAUGCAGAACCAGAUGAACGGCCAGAUGCCCGGACCGAACCACAUGCCCAUGCAGGGCCCAGGGCCUAACCAGCCUCCAAACAUGCCAACCGGCUCCAUGAACAUGCCUCCCAGCAGCCACGGCUCCAUGGGUGCCUACAACCAUGCCGCUCCCUCCUCCCAGGGCAUGAGCAGCCAGGGCCAGAUGAACAUGAGCCAGGGCCAGCCAAUGGGAAGCUAUGGUCCCAGACCCAGCAUGAACAUGCAGCCCAACCAAGGUCCCAUGAUUCACCAGCAGCCUCCCACGCAGCAGUACAACAUCCCCCCUGGUGGCGGCGGGCAGCAUUACCAGGGACAGCAGAACCCCAUGGGUAUGAUGAGCCAAGGCAACCAUGUGAUGGGACAGAGGCCCAUGCCUCCUUACAGACCACCUCAGCAAGGGCCGCCGCAGCAGUACCCAGGCCAGGAGGACUAUUACGGUGAACAGUACAGCCACGGAGGCCAGGGGGCACCUGAGGGAAACUCACAGUAUGGUCAGCAGCAGGAAGCCUAUCAGCAAGGCCCCCCUCAGCCUCAGGGCUACCCAGCACAGCAGCAGUACCCAGCACAGCAGGCCUACCCAGGCCAGCAGCAAGGCUACGGGCCUUCUCAAGGUGGUCCUGGUCAGUACCCCAAUUACCCACAAGGCCAAGGGCAGCAGUAUGGAGCAUAUAGACCACCUCAGCCUGGUCCUCCACAAGGCCAACCACAGCGCCCAUACGGUUAUGACCAGGGUCAAUAUGGCAACUACCAGCAGUAAACGAGAGAUGCUCUUCUUCCUGUUAGAGCGCCCGUGUUGGCGCUUUACGUCUUUCCGGACCUGCGGAAGGGCUACGGCUCUCUGAGACUCCCACUCCCCUUUUCUAAAUUAUGAAGAGAUGGAUCACCCCCCCCCCGUGUCUCUCUCUCUCUCUCUCUCUGUCUCUGUCUCUCUCUCUCUUUCUCUCGUACAGAAAAAUCCAAACACACUUCUUUUUGGGCAUAAUUCUUCCCCUGGUGCUCCGAAACACACUCUGACACUGGAUGAAACUUGGACAGUACAUGUUUUCCUCGACCAGUCUUUUGCGUUGAGAAGAUCAGGCCCAAACCAUUUUCUUUUCUUUCAGCCACUUCCUGUUUCAGCAGAUCACAUGGCAAGCUCUAACCCUCACUACUUAUUCCUGCAAUGACACGUUUUUGGUCUUUUAUCACAACCCCUCCAUUCUAUCCAAAGCCAUCUUGAAAGCAGCAAUGCCUUAAAAGAAAAAACAACAACAACAACGAUGACGAAACAAAUCGGAGCGGCCUUAUUUAAUUUCCACAAGAAAAACCCGGGAGGGGGAUUUCGAUAUCCUGCAGCACAGGAGCUUUUCAUCCUGCUGCAGUAUGUUCGUAACCAUCUCUUCACUCGAUUGCGUGAAAGUUUAUCUAGCUGAAGCAAUAACGUGGGGAGGGGGAGCGGCCCAGAGAGAUGAACUUGCACAGGGAAUAUUCUUCUUACAUGUCAAGGUCAAACUUGUAUAAUGUACAAAUGUAUUUUAUGCUUUCUAGAUAGAGCUUACUUUGUACUGAGGAUUUGGAAACUUUAGCUCUAAAUAUUGUACUUUUUUUUUUCUUUUCUUUUUUUCUUCCCCCCUCCUCCACUAAUGUCUAUUAGGUGUUUUCUUUCUUUUUUUUUUUUUUUUUUUUUUUUUCCAUUUCUUUCUUUUUAAAAAAAAAAUAAUAAUAAUAAUUGUUGUCCCUUCCUUCUCUAGUCUAAUGUCUUUGGUUCCUCCCAGCCAUGCUGAACCUUGAUUAAACCCAUCUGCUACUCUGGUGGUUCACGUGUUAAUUGUCCACAAGGGAGCACUUCGUUUUUAAGUGCAGCGACUCGGCUGUACGCGGGGAGGGAAAAAAAAACAGCCCCAAGAGUGGACAGUCAGGAGUCGCAUUCAAAUCGGAGUCGUAGUACAGUGAGACGAGUUAAAAGGAGCAUCGAAUUCUUUCAUACAGGUCCAGAACAAUCCAGAUGUUGUUUUUUUUUUUUCCAGAUAUAGUGAGUAAAAUUCAUACCGGGCCCAUGAUUGUGAAGAUGAUGAAAGCAUCCAGACACAGACGGGUUUAAAUAGAAAUCAGCGUUUACAUAACGAAAAAGAAAAUCAGUUUUUGAGCUUGCAUUCAGUCUGCUUUCGAAACACCAAGCUGCUCUUAACAGCUAUUCUGUCACUCAGUCAGUCAGUCAGUCAGUCAGUAUGAAGAUUAGGGAACGCAUGUUGCAAAUUUGUUCAGCCACCACGGUGACGCUGAUCGUGGCGCCUGCUUAUUCUGGUCCUCUGUACAUUUUAUUUUUCCUGUGAAUUUUUGUUUUAGCAGGCCGAAAAUGUGAAUCGGGCUUUUAUUUUAUUUAAUUUAAUUUUAAGUUCCUCAAUAAAAGCUACAACCAGAGCCGCCUUAUGUUUGAGCGUCUUCAAAAUGGUUACUUUUCAUUGAGGGUGUUAUUCUUCUUCUUUUUUUUUUUUUUCUUUUUUUCCCUUCUUUCCUUCCUUCCUUUUUUUUGUAUGCAGAAAACAUGGUACUGGUUGUAGCUUUAUAAUUUUCCUACUAACUCCUCCUAAUGUGUAAUUCUGAGCAUGUACUAUGAUGAAGUUUGAAGCCAGCACACUUAACACGGGUACUUGGACCUGUGUAUGGUUUUCUUUUUUGUUUUAGGGUUGUUGUUUGUUUUUUGUUUUGUUUUUUUUUUGCUUGGUUUUUUGUAACGUUUUGGGUAGGGAUGGGAGUACGAGAUCAGAAUGUACGAGUGUAUUUGUGCUGAUGAGGAAUAAUCAUUUGGUGCUCGGUAUCAUGAUGCAACUCAAAUGUGCCAUGACUGUCUCUUUUUCCAUGACAAUGUAAAGUUGUACAUCAUUGUAACUGAACAAAAUGGCUGAAAUAAAUUAUUGUAAUACGGG